AUGAGCCAACAACAACAACAACAAAAGAAGAAUAAAAUGGUGUUUGUGAUGGUCGAUGGUCUAGGAGAUACAUCUAUACCAAAGUACAAUAGACAAACUACACUUGAAAAGGCAAAUACAAAUGUAAUGGAUUUAAUGGCUAAGAGUGGAGUUAGUGGAGCAAUGGAUCCUGUUGAACCGGGAUAUGCAUGUGGCAGUGAUACUGCACAUCUUUCAAUUCUUGGUUAUGAUCCACGUACUUAUUAUCGUGGUCGUGGUGCGUUUGAAUCGAUGGGUGCUGGAUUAGAUAUGAACCCAGGUGACAUUGCUUUUAAAUCAAACUUUGCUACACUUGAUACAAAGACUGGUAUCGUCAUUCAAAGAAGAGCUGAUCGUAACUUUGAACAUUUAGGUCCAACUCUUUGUGAUCAUUUAACUGGAAUUAAAUUACCAUCAUUCCCAGAAUAUAGAGUUGAUGUUAAAUAUGCAACUGAACAUCGUUGUGGUGUAAGAGUUAGAGGACCAUUAUUAUCAGAUGCAAUUUCAAGUACUGAUCCACUUAAAGACAAUUUACCAUUAUUAGAAGCAAAACCAUUAAAUGAAACAACUGAAGCAAAGAUAACGGCAAAGGUAACCAAUGAAUUAUCAAAUGAAAUUCAAAAGGCAUUAGAGAAUCAUCCAAUCAAUAUAGAUAGAAGAGAAAAGGGGUUGGCAGCAGCCAAUGUGGUACUACUUCGUGGAUGUGGAGUAAGAGUGCAAGCACCAACUUUUAAUGAAUUGUACGAUAUGAAUGCAUUUAUGAUUGCACCAACUUGUAUUAUUGCCGGUUUGGGUAUGUCUGUAGGUGUCGAUGUAGUCGAAGCACCAGGAGGAACUGGAGAUUAUCAUACCAAUCUUCAAUCAAAGGCAGAUACACUUGUAAAUACUAUUGUUGAUGAACAAGACAGCACAAAGAAAUCAUAUCAAUUUGGUUUCCUUCACAUAAAGGCAGUUGAUGAUGCCGGACAUGACAAGAAUGAAGAUCUCAAAGUAUCGUUUUUAGAACGUAUCGAUAAAAUGUUGGAAUCGAUCAUUGUACGUUUGGCACAAGCAGAAAGAGAUGGAAACGGUCAUUAUAGUAUUUGUGUCACUGGUGAUCAUUCUACUCCCGUCCUAAGCGGUGAUCAUUCAAGUGAACCAGUUCCAUUUGUCAUUACCAAACCAAUACUUGUCGAUCAAUUAUUAAAGUCCAAAGACGAAUCAAACUCUAAAUACCAAUUCUCAUUGACCGAUUCAGUUGAUACAUUCUCUGAAAUUGAAUGUAUUAAAGGUGCCCUAGGUAGAUUCCCAGGGUCACAGGUAAUGAAAAUCAUUCCACAAUAUAUGAAUCAAAAUGUUACAAAACAAUAA